GAAAAGUCMUCUUCAGUGAGUCUUACCUCCACAGGACAGCAAACACGGACAGGCAUUCACCUCGGACCUCACCCAGGGAGGAAAUAUUACACUAUUCGAGUAACAAUCCCAAGGAGAUCGUGUGAUUCUGGACUAAACUAAAGUACGCCGCAAUUCCACCAUUCAGUCUGUUGCCUGCCUGUCAUCCCCUGAGUCAGUGAUGACUACCUCCAUGCCCCUGUUCCUCUCAGCCAUUAUGCUCCUCAGCAUCUCCUCUUAUGUGCUCCACCAGAGGCUCCUACUGCUGGCUCAGAUAGGGAUCGCUCAUCAACACCAACCCAGGAACCUCACCAUCCUGCURUGGCACUGGCCCUUCGGCCAUCCCUACAGCCUGGAGGGAGAUGUGUGCAGYGACAAGUACGGUAUCCYAGGCUGCCUCCUCAGUGACAACACCUCCCUGUUCCCCCARGCAGACGUGGUGGUCUUCCACCACCAUGAGCUGAGGACCGGCCGCUCUUCCCUGCCUCUCCACCUCCCCCGGYCAGUCUCCCAGCGCUGGCUCUGGCUGUCCCUUGAGCCCCCGGUGCACAAUGGCAACCUGACCCAGUACAAUGGACUGUUCAACUGGACCAUGAGCUACCGAGGCGACGCUGACAUAUCCAUACCCUAUGGGAAGAUAGUUCCGGUUCCACAUAACGGUAACAGUAACAGUAGCAGCUUUGUGAUCCCCAAGAAGGGGGCUUGUCUGGCCAGCUGGGUGGUCAGCAACUACAGGCCRGACCAUGCCAGGAGUCAAGUCUACCAGAGCCUGAGGAAGUACAUUCCCAUAGAGGUGUAUGGACACUGGUCAAAGAGGCCACUGACCGACCAAAGUCUGAUACCCRUCAUUGGCCACUGUAACUUCUACCUGGCUUUUGAAAACUCAGUGGCAUUGGACUACAUAACUGAGAAGUUGUGGAGGAAUGCCUACCAAGCAGGGGCAGUACCUGUGGUUCUGGGAACCUCUCGGGCUAACUAUGAGGCCCUUGUGCCACCAGGCUCGUUCAUCCAUGUCAGUGACUUCAAUAGCACAGAGGGGCUGGCUGUCUUCCUACAGCAGCUGGCCACAGACAGAGGACGCUAUGAGGGUUACUUCAAGUGGCGUCAGACAUAUAGAAUCAAGAUGUACACCGACUGGAGAGAGAGGCUCUGUAAUAUCUGUGCCAACUAUCAAAGACUACCAGGUAACAAGGUGUACUAYGAUCUGGAGGCAUGGGCCAGUAGAUAACAUCAUAGAUGCUUUUGCUACUGUAGGUUAUUUUGUACUACAAUAUGUUCAAGAACUUGUACUGUAGCCAGUUUUUUUUUCACAUGCAAAACAACAGUCUGCAGUGAAACUUGAAAUGCAUUCUGUUCUGGUGGUGUGCCACUUUAACAUCAGCUUGAUGAUAUUACAACAUUGACAUUCGGUCCCUAAUGCAGAAACACCACAGACAAAUCACAACUUCUGUAAAAGAGGGAAGUUAUUAAUCUAACACCCAGCUUUCUGACACAAUACAUUUUUUGUUCAUAUAUUAGAUGCUUUAUUUUAUUAUUAUUAGUAGUAUGCAUUUUCUUUCUGUAUCU